CCGCCGCCGCGCGAGCUGCGCGGAGGACUUGUCGAGCCCGCGAUCAUGGAGAUCCAGGUGCCCGAGGACGUCGAGGUUCCGGACGGUCCACAUGCCCUUGACGACUUUGAGUGCGUUGGGUCGUACUCGUGGAGGAAGGACCUUGCGGAUGAGAAGCCGAUUAUCGAAGCCCCAGGAUGCCCAGUCCGCUGGCUGGACCACGACCUCCCAAUCCAGGUUCAGUUUGACGAUGAAAUCAGGCUGUACCAUGAGAACGGGUACUACAUGCGAGGCGGGUCCAAGCUGCUACCCCUUCUGCGCGCUCUCGAGGCUUUCCGGAACGACGAAUCGUCCACAGGCGAAGAGGUGCACGACCUGUCUGCGCUCGACCUAUCUGAAGUGGACAUCGUCACGGACAGAAACAACCUCCGAAAACUGCUUCGUCAUGCGAUGGAAGCACAGGACGAGGUCGCAUCUACACCUCUUGCAGCCACCGAAAACGACGCGCACACGCCCUUGGUUUCUUCCAACGCCGACGCCGACGCCAAUCUGAAUCCGGACGCACCCCUCGCCGGCGACCGCAAGACGCCAGAUCUCAAUCAGAAGCAAAUCGAUUCCUGGGCAGCGCGCCGGGACUUCCGCAUCGACCUCCAACUCGCUGGCGACAAGACCCUCGUCAUGCACCGCUGGGCAGAGUUUGACCGGGAGUACGUCAGGCCGCCCAAGGCGGGAUGCCGCGCGAACUUCGUGCGCGCUGCCACCGCGCCUCUCGAGGGCUGCGAGCGGGGCACGAACCACUUCCGAAUGGUCAAAUAUAAAUUCGGCGGGCUCACCCUGCUCGUCCGCUACGAAGUCGACGCAUGCACGUCCGACACUGUCUUGUUCAGGCCGCCUAUCGAAAUUUCCACUUCCGCGGACCCAGCCCCCGCGCCUGGUGUCUCUCCCGAAGAGCAGACCGCGGCGACGCCCGCAGAAGCACAACAGAGUGUUCACAAGUCCCCCGAAUCGUCCUCCGACAUCACGGCGCUGCACCAGGAGACCUCCGCGGCGAUCGCUGAGGACCCGAAGCCCACGGGAAAGCCCACUCUGGCUUAUACCUCCUUCGACUGGAGCGAAGCCCACUGCCAUGACCCACCCGCUUCCUCGCCCCCGCCCUCGCCCGCUUCCUCACCCGCCCCUGCGAUGCCCACAGCGCCGGCGCGCGACGUGCACGUCGUGCGCGCGGGGACGCUCCUCCCGCAGCACGCGACGCUCGAGCUCGCGACGCGCUCGGCCAAGUACGUCGACCGCACGACCGCGGAGGACACGUACCUGCAGCUCUUCCUCACCCAGACGCCCGCGCACCUCGUCGCCGUGCACGAGCGCGGGGUGUUCGCGCGCGUGGACCGGCAGGAGCUCGCGUCGGACGAGUUCGCGGAGGUCGCGGCGCGGGAGCGCGUCCGGCGCGGGCUCGCGCGGUUCGGGGCGCUCUUGCGGGAGAUCUGGGGGCUCGCGCGGGAGCACGGACGGGAUCACAAUGUGAGUUUGGUGUGUGAACGCGGGAAGAUGGAGCUGUUGGGGAACACGGGGACGGAGGGGUUGGCGUCGGGAGAGGAGUUGGACUGCUUCCGGGCGAACCGGGUGUGA